AACUCCCAAGGCGUCCGUCCCGAGCAGAACAGAGAAACUUACCCACUCUUCUCUAUCUCUUCGCCAAACCUCGGAGUCCAAGGCUGUGCCCAUCAAUUGCCUCAAUUCCCAAUUGUCAAGAUGACCAUCAACCCCACAUUCCUCGCCCAGCGCACUCGCUCCUCUGCCAACCUGGCCGAGGCGAAGCGUCGUGUCAUCCGGUCCUACAGAGAAUGGCUUAGAGCGUCCCCCGAGAUCCAGACUAUGUACUCCCUGGACAUGCCCGUUUCCGCCAUCCGGACGAAGAUUCGCCAGGAAUUCGAGAAGCACCGUUACGUCAGCCAAUUGAAUGUGAUUGACGUGCUGUUGUACCAGAGCCACGCCGAGUUUCAGGAAACCCUCAACUACUGGAAGCAGCUGUCGCACGUGAUGAAGUACUUCCGGCCGGAGGAGGAGCCCGGUGCUCGCCUCCCCCCCAACUUUAUCUCCGGCUUCUUGGAAGGCCGCAAUUAAUCUCAUGUUUCCCAUUUCCUUCAAAUCAUCCUGCAGCAUUGAAAGUUUUUUUAUUCCUUCUAGUUAUGAGAACAACCCUGGGCUUAGACCCGUGAACUGAUAGAUCCGGGUAGAGGGUAUGAGUGUGCGCUCGCGCUCUAUGUAAAUAUGG